UCAACAACAAGUACUACAUCCACGUCGUCGACUAGUACAACAACAACAACAACAACACCAAUCUGUCCACCAAGAAUAUAUUCACAAAGUUUUGUUAGCGGUGUUUAUUCAGCAAGUUCAUGUUCAGCUUGGACAUCUUUUGUAGCUAGUUUGACGUGUUCGACUUAUAAAUCAUUUACGUUAAGUGGUACAUACAAUACAAAUGGCAUUAACGCAACUAAUUCAGUUGUGGUUAAUGCUAUUGCAACAGCAUUAAGAACUUCAUCGGCAUAUAGUGGCACUUCAAAUGGAGUCACAUGGUAUGUGGGUACUUGUGGUGGCGGAAUGGAAUUAGCAUCAACCGCUGUAUGUCAAUGUGCCACAGGUUAUAGUAUAAGACCUUGUAUUGGUGGUCUAAACUGGGGUGGUGUUGACAGCACAUCAUGCAGUGCGCCAUCUCAAGUAAUGACACUUUCAUUUCAAUGA